GUGGGUAAUGAACCUGUAUGUUGCAUGGUAGGGUUGGCUGGCCACAGAGGCACGUGGACAAACCAGGACAGCUUGGUGUGGAAAACAGAGGGGCAUAAAUCAAUCUCGGGGAAAAGGAGCUGGGGACCAAGGUGGAAUAAUAGCUGUUGGCAUGUUGGCAGCUCACUUUACAUGCACUACCAUGAGUUGUCUGCCAUCAAGUUAUGUCGAGUAAGGUUAGCUCUUCAGUUUGAUCACCUCCAUGGUGAGACCGACCAUCUUGAACUGAGUGAUACAGCUCAAUGCUUGAGUAACUUCUGAGUUACCGAGUAACUAUUGAGUUACUGAGUAACUUGUGAGUUACAGUUUACCAACAACAGCAGUUGGUUCUCUUCAGACACUUCAGUUUGAUACAAUGACAAAGUUAGUCUGAGACCGACCAUCUUGAACCGAGUGAUACAGCUCAAUGCUUGAGUAACUUCUGAGUUACUGAGUAACUUGUGAGUUACAUUUUACUCACGAAAGCAGUCAGUUCUCUUUAGACACUUCAGUUUGAUACGAUGGCAAAGUUAGUCUGAGACCGACCGUUUUUGAACUAAGUGAGACUUCUCAGUGCUUGAGUAACUUAUGAGUUACUGUUUACUCACAGCAGCAGUUGGGUCAAUCAGACUUUUACCCUUCUACUGUGAAGAUGCAGGGAAAAAAGGAUCUCCUCUUUUGGAAAGGACCAUCUUAUUCUUAGAUGAGUAACUGAAUGUGAAUAAACUUCAGUGCUGAGUUAAAAUAUUUACAACGAUCGUCUUGGGUGUUUUAUACUAAUCGUGUUUUAAUUAUUGAACUUUGUCCUCCUAGAUUGAGUGAAGAAACGGCAGGAGGGUGGAACCUCUUACAUAAUUUACACAUCGCUGGACUACAAAUGAGGAGACUGCAAAUCAAGACUUCAAAGCGUUAGCAACUUAAUAUCUUUGAUCAGAAGUUGUCUUGGAACUUUUAAAAGCGGACAGCAUUUUGAGAAUCCUCGUUUGUUAUAAGAAAGCUGUGUAACGGAAGAAUUGAAAGUCAACAUUGGCAGUUGUGCUCGUCAAAUUUAUGAAAAACCUCUGACAGAGAUUUGCUUGUGGAAAUAUUUUUCAAUUCUUGAAGAGACACACUUCUGCUCUGGACGAGGCUGUGGAGUUACUGUAUUCACCACAGGACUACAAGCGCCAGUCAAACUAUUGCCGUAGUUUUGCGAUGCUGGAGAUAAUCCCAAGAUCAUGACAGAGUUGACUUUGAUUUAUCUCAGAUUACUUCUUAUCACUGGAGUACUUGUUGGAGCCACUAUUGAUGUCAACAUUGACAAAGCUACAGUAGCGCAAUGGGCUGAAACGUUUGGAAGCAAGCUGUAUGAGAUAAGCCUCAAGUACAGUGGAGCAGAAUUUCUUAGAAAGGAGUAUGAAAAACGAGAUGACAUGAGAGUGGAGAGGGCCAAUGGCAUGGAGAUUGUGGAAGAAAUGGCGACCAAUAUGGAGAAGAUGUUGGAGGCCAAAGUUCAUGCUGUGGAGAAUCUCAGGAAUAAAGUUGAAGAUGCUCAUGAAAAUCACGAUUAUAACGAAUCUACGGAGUUUGAGUACUUCAAUUCCAAUCUGAUUAAUACGGAAACUACGGGUAGAGACGACAGAGAUGCACAACUAAGAAAACGAUUUCAUCUGGACCCCAACGUUCACUUCAAUAACAUUUCAGUUAACAUCAAUCAGAGUACUGUGCAGGUCCCAGCAAAUGUUUAUAACUUUGGUCCUGAUGUCUUAAACGGCGUUGAAGAGACAGAGUUUCUUGACGAUGUGUUUCAGCAGAACUACGAAGCUGAUCCAACAUUAACCUGGCAAUACUUUGGUCAUAAUACUGGAUUCUUCAGAAAUUAUCCUGGAAUUCAAUGGGAGAAGGACUCACAAGGUCUGGAUUUAUACGACUGCCGAAAGCGCGGAUGGUAUAUCUCAUCUGCUACAUCUCCCAAAGACAUUGUCAUCUUGGUCGACACGAGUGGGAGUAUGACUGGGGUCAGAAUCGAGAUUGCCAAGCACACUGUCAACACUAUCAUGGGUACUCUAGGUGAUGAUGACUUCUUCAAUGUGUUAACAUUCAGUGAUGAUGCACAGUUUAUACAGCCAUGUUUUAAUGGCACCCUUGUGCAGGCCAAUGCAGACAACAAAAAUUUGAUAAAGCAAGGAUUGUCUCGGAUGCCGGACCCGAAGAAUAUGGCCAACCUAAACGAUGCAUUGACUGGGGCUUUUGAUCUGCUUGAAUCAUUCAACAACACGGGAACUGGUGCAAACUGUAACCAGGCUCUGAUGCUGAUUACUGAUGGAGCACACGAUACGUUUGAAGAUGUAUUUGACAAGUAUAACGAGGACAGACAUGUGCGUGUUUUCACUUAUCUGAUUGGUGGUGAUAUUAAAGAUGAUCCAAACGUGCAGAAUAUGAGCUGUUCCAACAAAGGCUAUUACACACGGAUUGGUGCUAUCGCUGAUGUGGAAGAAAAUGCUUCGAAAUACAUCCAUGUUUUGAGCCGGCCUAUGGUGAUUGAGCAGCACCAUGUGACAGUGUGGACCAACGUUUAUAUGGACACCCUGGGCUUACACCUGAUGACUACAGUUUCCCAACCCGUCUUCAACAAGAAAGAAAGUAAUCGAGAGCAAGGUAUUUUACUUGGAGUUGCUGGGGUGGAUGUUCCUGUCAAAGAGCUUCUUAAACUGACUCCGCCCUAUAAGCUUGGUGUAAAUGGCUACCCAUUCGCAAUCACCAACAAUGGCUACAUCCUAUAUCAUCCUGACCUUCGACCUAAGGAUUCCUAUGGCAACCUCAAGCCUAACUACAACAGUGUGGAUCUAGCUGAGGUUGAGUUGUCGGAUGUAGACGAACAGGAGUUCGAACGAACGUCUUUAGAUCUAGACCAAAUUCAGCUUCGGACGGCGAUGGUGGACAGAAAAACCGGAUACAUGAAUAUGACUGUCCGGAUACACUCCAAGGAUAUGAAACGUUUAUAUUUUCGGCUGAAUCAUUACUACUACACUGACUUGGCAAUGACGCCUUUCAGUUUUGGUAUUGUACUGUCUGGUGAAGCCGGCCAUAAUCAGCUAAUGGGAUAUGAGACCUUCACUGAUACUAGCGGAGAUGGCAGCGGUAGUUUCAUUGCAGACCUCUGCUUACUUAGAGAAGGUAUUGACAACUUGUUUGGUUAUGAGGAGACAGACAGAGUGGUUCUUGCGAAUUGGAUUUACUGUAAUCUGAACAAUACUGAAGCCCGGCGUAUGUCAAGGCCUAAAGCUCUAGAGACAUAUCUUCAUCUAGCCAUGGACAAUGGGGGUUAUCUUAGCGACAAAUGUGAUGCACAUCUAAUGAACCAUGUGAUAUUUGACGCCAAUGUGACCCAACCACUCAUCAGUUACUGGGAAGAUAUUUAUUCUGCGCCUGCUCAAGAACCGGGCAUUAUUUUAUCCUUUGUUGGCACCAAAGGAGGACUGACAAGAGUUUUCCAAAACCCUCAUUCUGAUAAACAAAGCAAUUUUGGCAAGGAGUUUGUAAACACAGUAGAGGAGGAAUAUUAUCUGCGAGCAUCGUCUGCUCCAACGGAUAAAUUCAUCUACUCUGUCCCUCUACAGGGUCAACAAGAUGGCUUUACUUCAGAUAGUUCUGAAUAUCUUGUGACAGCAAGUACGGCAGUCCUUGUGAAGAGAGACAACAAAAGCAGUUUAGCUGCAGCAAUCGGUCAUCAGAUGCUAUUGGAUGACUUCAGAGAUCUCCUAAUGGAAACCACACUCAAUCUGAUGGAAGAUUGCAACGACGUUGCGUACCAUUGUGAACUCACCUGCUAUAAUGAUUCUGUGGGUUGCUACCUACUUGAUGAGCAUGGCUACGUGGUUGUGUCCAAAGAACAAACUGAGGUUGGUGUGCAGUUUGCUUCGUUAACGCAACAUGCUGUAGUCUUUGAUGCAAUGCUGGAGAAAAACGUGUUCACUGAAAUAAAGCAUAUUGAUUACCAAGCAAUGUGUACAGAGAUUAUUAUCAAUGUGAACAAUGCAGCAUCACACCUAUUGGAUCCUCUGAUAUCACUUGGUACAUUUGUAAUGGGCUUCACCAAACAGCUGAUCCUGGUUUUGUCUCAUCUUGGGCUCUUUUACAGUCGGGAUGAUUCCUUUGUUGGGGCAUCAACAAGUACAUCUGAAGAGGUGAUUUACGAACCAUGUGAUCAGGAAAUGUUGUACUUCAUCGCACAGAGUGAGAGACUUCCAAAAGAUGGCUACAUUCAGUGCCAGUAUUGUCGGAAAUCUUACAGUAUUCAUAACGUUCCUCACAGUAAUCUGAUCUUAUUAGUGGUGGAUUCAGACUGUGAAUGUCUGGUCACGGACCCUAUCAAUUUGCAACCUACUAAGGUUGUCUACAAUUCCGUCGAGUGGUGUGAAAGGUUACGAACACAAACGCAUCGUAGGCGACCGGAAUCAUGCCACUCGGAGCAUGAAUUGGAAAAUUCCACUGAUUGUGGUCGAGGAACAUGGCUUAGACCGUCCAUGAGUUGGAUGCUACUCAUGCUGCUACUGAAAGCAAUCCUCACACAAGCAUCACUAAGAUCAUGACAGUAGGCCCUCUAGUGACCAAAGAUUUGUACAGUAAACUAAAAAAGCAAUCAAACAAGGAAGGCUGGCCUUCUGGAUUUGUUGGAGUGCGGUGUAUUUGUAUCCAAUGUCUUCAGGGUUUGAUAUCAUGGCUCUGCUUACGGCAAGCAACUAAUCGGCGCUUGCGGAAGCAGGGUAUUCUGCGCUCAGGUCAAGCGUAUUUCACAGGUUAACAGGGAAUUUUGACCCGGGCCCUACUCCACAUUACAUAGGCAUUCUUCACUUACAGCUUCCGCAGAAAUUUUGCGCUUGCCCUGUAAGUGGAGAACGGUAAUUGUAAGCGGUAAGCAUGCAGAGCCAUGACAUUGAGCCCAGGUUUCUUAAUGUGUGUCGUGACUCGACUAGUUUUCAUUGUUUUUACUGAGGUUGGACUUUUUUUUAAAUAUUCUGUGUGGACAGAGAUUUCAACUUCUUGGUGUGACGCUUGGGAUUCAAAUAUCAUUUAAGUCUGGGAUGUGAUUGUGUGGAAGACAGCUACACACAUUAAUGAAUAUUCAUGAUUGCUGUACACCCGCCACAUGGUUACAGGUCAUGAAUAUUCAUGAUUGUGUACCUGCCACAUGAUCCAAGACUAGUCAUGAAUGUUCAUGAAUGCAUUGCUGUACCUGUUGUACCUGAUUACAGGUCAUGCAUAUUCAUGAUUGCUGCACCUGGUAUACCUGGUCCAAGGUCAUGAACAUUCAUGAUUGCUGUACCUAAUUCCCGAUCACCUCCAGCAAGAUAGGCCUUCAUUGCCAUUGGUCAGCCAAAGGGGUGUCUGGGUGUCUUUUGAACACCAUGUUUUCAUUUUGGACACCAUGUCUUAUCCAUCACACAAAUGUAAAUGUAUUGUUUGUGAACAAUUUGGACACCCGGUUCUAAAAGUUCCAGAAAACUUGAAUACCCUUUAAUCAAAUCCUGGCUGAGUUGAAUAACAUAUAAGGUUUGCACUAAAAGGUUGGUACACUUCAGCAUAGUCCUUCAUUGCAUUACCACAACCCUGCCGGUUUUAAACGGCAUUUUCAGACCUCAUCGCCUACUCAGUGAUUCCCUUAUUUUAGAGCAAUAGGGGAGCAUGAUUGAGGGGUUAAUAACCCUAACUAUAUGUGUGGAGCUUUGUCCACACGUGUAUGCAUUAAUGUAUCUUACAAAAGGUCCAUGGCUUACAGGGUCGAAAUCACGUUCUUUAAAUACAUUUUUGGUCAUAUAGCUUUCUUAAAUAUUAAAACUUUCAAUUAACAGACAAGAAAAGUGAAAGGAACUUGGUGAAGGCAACACUUAAAGUAAUCACCAAUAGUUUGUGAUUUUAAUAAGCAAAUCUUUGACAGCUUGAAUUCGGGUAAAAAAGCACCUAAAGUUAUUAAGCGUGAUUUUGAUGGUAAUUAGUGCACUUUUCGCCAUUUAUCAUAAAUCUUAUAUGCUCCUACUCCUUGUUUUAUAUAUUCACAAUUGUGGUUACAAUUUUAUAUGGAAGCAAAUGGCACAUUUACUUCAAUUGCAUUCCUAUUAGCCAAAAUACCGCCCUCUCUUAUUAACUUCAAGCUUUUGAAAAUAUUGGGCACUGUAAAAUCAGAAACUUGUUUUCUAUCAAAAUUGUGAUUUGUACAGAAAGUUGAUAUGUGAGAUGAGCCGUUUGUGAAUGUACAUGAAGAGUUUUGUGUGGUGUGUUAAGGAUGUAAACAAUAUUAAUCUUACUUAAUUAUUGUUUCAAAAGUGUUUGCAAAUUCCUCUGAAAUUGAUUUUGAGUAGAUCAUUAGGACACAGCCCUUUUAACUUUUGAUAAAUUACAAAUUUUUAAGUAAAAAUUUCGAGUGGAUUACAGUUCUGAGUGAAGAUUACACAUUAAUGGGUGAACCUUUUAAUUUGUUGCAAUUCAAGUGAGAUUUUGCUUUACUGUCUCUAAGAACAGCUGUUUUGCAAAUAACAAAUACUUGUUAAAUUUGUUUGUUUUUCUCUUUGCACUAGGUUGUUGAACUUUAAAAAAAAAAACAAUUAUUAAGGAUAAAUCAUCGGCUCAGUACCAUAAUGUCAUUAAUUGCAAUUUUAUACAAAUGAAACUAAAUAAAUCAAAAUAAAAAUAAAAAAUUUCAUUUAGAAAAUACAAUGUUUGCUUUUGCCAAGCAAAUACAUUGAAAACCACUCUUGUUCAAUAACCAAAUUGGAGGGGCUCCAAAGUAUGCAAAAGCAAUUUUAUCAAACCCAUACAUAUUGCACUAAUGACUGUACAGUUCUGAGCAGACGAAAUGAUGUUUCUAAGUUUAGUCUUAAAUCGGAAUGAAUACUGAUGGUGUGUUACUUCACAGAUAAGUUUUAACAAGAGCUCUCUUUUAAGAAAACUAGUUCCUUUGAAGAUCUCGCUGAUUGAUGGAUAAUUGUGUAUAUUUUGGAUGUGUGCCUUUGUGUUGCUAAGGGAUAGCCAAUCAGAGAGAGGAGAGUUAUUAAUCUUUUGUGUUUUCAAAUUGUCAUCUUUUUGACAAUAUCAGUUACUGUACAUAUCUGUGGUCGGGAGAAAUAUUUAUAUUUUAAUGUUGUUGCUAAUAUGCCAAAUUGUGGGUGUUUAUAAAGAUUAUUUGUUUGUUUGCAGUGGUUCCAAUUUUUUAAGGGUGUUUCAAUUUUGUUUAAGGGUAAGGCCAGCAUGUUUAGUGCAUAGGAAAUCACAUGUGGGUUUUCUUUGGGGUUUAGAUUUGAAUCCACGUUUCUGGUGCUUUUUCAGAUUGCUAACCAUAAUUGCUUCUCGCUAUCCAGGUGUAUAUAGCUGUAGAGUGGUUCUCCUUAAAACAUAUCCGCACAUAAAACAAAUCACAUCAAGAAAUAUUCUCAUUCGAAAUUCGAAAUUAUUUUAAUUUUUUCUAUAGACCUAAUUACAAAAUUCACUUCAGACAUAGUUUUUCCAAGGGGCAGAAAAAAUUGUUCUUUUCUCAUAAUUUUGUAUUGUAGGUUUUGAUUCUCUCUUUUUAUAUGGGGGUCGUUUUUUUUUCUUGUUUUUUUUUAAUACACUGAAGUUCAGUAGUUUAGUUAAGAAUAUCAGCCGAUUUCACGAAACGCUAGGAUUAAUCCUAUCUCAAGUUUAUAGGGCGAGUAACUAACUUAGGAUUGGUUCAAUGCAUCCUAAUAAGGAAGUCCAAGACUAAUCCUAAGUUACGAAGAGUUUGGUGCAAUCGACGGCUGCUUCGGGCACGAUAAUGUUGCCUUUCUCCCAUUAAAAAAAAAUGGAUUGUUCUUAUUUGAACUUUGACCUUUAUUUGAAAUACAGACAGCUUUAAACAAUGUCUCAAUUGACCUUAGAUCAUUACCAUAACAAAAAACAGCAGCUGUUAUUCGUCUGUAGUGCAUAUCUUUAAACUCUCAGACAAAUAAUAUGUAUAAUAAAGCUUUUUAAUUAUAAACUAUUUAUAUAAUGUCUUCCAGCUAGCGGAGUUUUGGAAUGCAAACCAAAAUUGGGGUAGUUUUUAUGAAGUUAACAUGCUAAGAUCAUAUUAAGGUGGGGUACCGCUUGUCAAGAGCGUGUAUUUAUUAUUAACUGUGGCAUUCAGUUCCAGGCAAUCCGUUCCACCAAGAAAAUUCAUUCACAUUUCAGUUGUCUCAUUCUUUUUUAUUUAUGUUCACUAAUUGAACGAGUAUUGGAGAACAUUUCGUGAUCAAUAUUUGUUAUGGAAUGUUACAAAAAAUCUACUUUCUUGGAAUGUAACACGGUACAAACUAGUUUAGACACUGUUUACUACCUACAUCGCAUCAAAGAUCAUAGGGUGUAAAAUGUUGUUUUAUUUGUAUUUUAGAAGUUUUUCUGUUGAACGGGGAAAAGUGGAGAAGCCAAAAAGAACAAAUCAAUUCCUAAUUGUAUCAGUAUUGUGGACAGGGUCAUUUUUACAAUUCCUGUUAUUAAUAUUUGUCCCUUUUUGUGUGCGUGUGUUUCACCCGUAUUUAUAUUCACGACUUGGAUGAACUUUGUUAGAAGCAGUCACCAAACAAAGUGAUGGAUCUUUACUUAUUUUACGUUCUUCAAAUGCACAAGUUACGUUUUAUUACGUCUAAAUUAACGUUCUAUCACGUCUAAGUUUCAAUCUCUUAGAAAUGAACGUUCUAUCACGUCUAAAUUUACGUCUCAUAAAAAUGCGUUUAAAUUUGUUGGCCGAGUGAUUGGUUUAGCGAUUGGACCCAGUUCUGUAAUUUACGGAAUGUUAGUUCGAAUCCUGGCAUGGUCAGUUGCGACACUCGUGUUCUUGAACAAUACACUACAUCAUGAUUGCUUAUCUCUACCCAGAAAUACAAAUGGGUACCGGUACGAACUGGGGAGUAACCUUAGAUGGACUUUCAUCCUGUCCAGUGGGAUAACAAAGAUGUUCUCGGUGGUUAAAGGCAGUGGACACUAUUGGUAAUUACUCAAAAUAAUUAUCAGCAUAAAAC